AUGGCGCAGCCCCCAGGACAGAAACACGUGGUCGUAGGCGCGGUUGACUCUGAGCCCCCAGGUGAAAAGGAUGCAUCUGGUGACACUGGGAGCGAGAUCAAGGUAGAAAGUGCAACCACUGACGACCCUCCGGGGAGAGUCAAGAAGGACGAUAAGGCUGACGAAAGCAAGAAGGAUAAGGAUGGCAAGGAUGAAAAGUUGAAGAAGGAUAAGAAGGACAAGUCACAUAAGAAAGACGCUAAGGAGAAGAAGGAUAAGAAGAGCAGUGCAGAAAAGCUGGAGAAGAAAAAGCAGCUACUUGCUUUGGGGGAGGACGCCCCGAAGGGCCAUGCUGCCUAUGGCAGGGUUCAUUUUAGCGCUCCCAAGAACAAGUUCUUCUUCACCCAGGGAGCACCGCCGAACAAGAUAGAGGUGGCGGUGAGCGUGAGCAUGGCCAACGGCAGCGAGGCCAUGGCGGGCAGGAUCGCCCGCCUCUGCUACGUGCGGCUGGUGGACCACGGCGCCAGCAAGGAGGAGCUGGUACAGUACAGGGACGACCUGCUGAAGUUGUCCAGGAAAAUCCCCGUCGGCCCGCCGCUGGCGCAACCCUCGGGGGAAGGCGCCGCCGCGGCUGGCGGCGGCGCGCCCGGCGAGGGCGACGCCGCGAAGAGCGCCCGGAAGCAGCCGAGGCCGACGGGCGAGGCGGCGGCUGCCACCGGCGACGGCGCGCCCGGCGACGGCGGCGCCGUGAAGAGCCCCCAAAGCGGAAGAGGCCUGCGGCCGAGGCGGGCCCCGACGGCUGCGCCGCGGCGGGCGCCGGCACGCCUGGCGAGGGCGGCGCUGCGGGGGGCCCGCAGAAGCGGAAGCGGGGCGAGAGGGAGAAGGCGCCCCCCGGACCGGCGGGGAGCGCUGCGCCCGGCGAGCGCCCCCCCGCGGAGGCGGCUCCCACGGGAGGCGUGA